GACGCAAGGGCGGGCGGGGCCGCGCAGACCCCGCCCCGGGCCCGCCCUGCCUGCCGGCUCCCAGCGCUCCGCUCCGGCAGCCGCCCGCCCGCCCGGCGCGGGUGUCCACGGUGCGCCGCCGCGGGAGCCGAAGACCGGCCGGUUCCCGCCGCCACAGGCUCCUGCUGUGAUCCGGGGAGACCAUGUCCAGGCCCCCCGACUGGCUGCUGCGUCUGCUCCCCAGCGCCCCGAGGCAGCGGGUCUGCACCCUGUUCGUCAUCAGCUUCAAGUUCACGUUUCUCAUCUCCGUCGUGAUCUACUGGCACGUGGCGGGAGCGCCGGGGGACCCGGGGCGGCUCCAGAGCCUGCCUGCGCAGGUGCCCUGCCCCACCCUGGAGCCCCGCCCCCCCACGCUGGGCAGCAUCUUCUUCCUGGAGACCUCGGAGCGCACGAACCCCAACUUCCUGUUCAUGUGCUCCGUGGAGUCGGCCGCCAGGACCCACCCCGAGGCCCGCGUGGUGGUCCUGAUGAAGGGGCUGCCGGCGGGCAACGCCUCCCUGCCCCGGCACCUGGGCAUCUCGCUCCUGGGCUGCUUCCCCAACGUGCAGAUGCUCCCGCUGGACCUGGAGGAGCUGUUCCGGGGCACGCCGCUGGCGGCCUGGUACGCCGCGGCGCAGCGGCGCUGGGAGCCCUACCUGCUGCCGGUGCUGUCCGACGCCUCCAGGAUCGCGCUGCUCUGGAAGUUCGGGGGCAUCUACCUGGACACGGACUUCAUCGUCCUCAGGAGCCUGAGGAACCUGACCAACGCGCUGGGCACCCAGUCCCGCUACGUCCUCAACGGCGCCUUCCUGGCCUUCGAGCGCCGGCACGAGUUCCUGGCGCUGUGCAUGCGUGACUUCGUGGCCCACUACAACCGCUGGGUCUGGGGCCACCAGGGCCCCCAGCUGCUCACGCGGGUCUUCAAGAAGUGGUGCGCCACCCGCAGGCUGGCGGACAGCCACGCCUGCCGCGGCGUCACCGCCCUGCCCCGCGAGGCCUUCUACCCCAUCGCCUGGCAGGACUGGAAGAAGUACUUUGAGGACGUCAGCCCCGAGGAGCUGGCCCGCAUGCUGAACGCCACCUACGCCGUGCACGUGUGGAAUAAGAAGAGCCAGGGCACGCGCUUCGAGGCCACGUCCAGGGCGCUGCUGGCCCAGCUCCACGCCCGCUACUGCCCCACCACGCACAAGGCCAUGAAGAUGUACUUGUGACGGCCCGGCCGGGCGGCCUCCCACCCGUGAUGGAGACGGGGGCUUGGCCGUCUUUCCCAGGGAGGCAGGCUGGGAGGGCCCAGGCUGGGAUCUGAGCCACUGCUACGGGCCCUGGCACCCACGCCCCAGGCCAGAGCCCCACCUCCAGGGAGAGGCCCUGGGGCUGAGCGGAAGGAGCUCGGUGAGACCCUGGGCCUUCUGGACCUGCCAGGGAAGGUGACAGUGCCCUCCAGGGCGGUGGGGGGCCAGGCGGGCUGAGGCAGAAGGUGGGAGGGGGACAGGAGAGCAGCACUGGCGCCCGAGCCCAGGGCUGGUACGGAGCUUGGAGGAGGGGUGCAGCUGUGUCCACACCUGCUUUCUCCUCCCUGAGCUGGGAUGUAGGGAGGAGGCCAGUGGCAGCAUUGAGAGGGACAGGCCCUCUGACACAGGAUCGCGAUAAAAGGUGACUCACUGGUGCCCCUGCUGGGCGGUUGGUGAAGCAGAUUCACGCACGCAGCUGCAUUAGCCUGGCUCUGCAGGUGGGGAAUGGCUACAGCUGGGGAUCUGCAGGCUGCCCACCGCAGGGCUGGCUCCCAGCCGCCUACGUCCCCUGGGUGAUAGGAGCCCCUGCGGUGGGGGGAGGGGAGGAGCCUGGGGUCCCACCAGCACUCCUCCCUGCGCCCCACAAUAAGCCACAUCUGUUUUGUCCUACACGAAGCUGUUUGAGAGUCAGGGAAAGUCCACCUGCACAGCAGGGCCUCUGGCCUGGGAGAGCCAGCCAGAGAGGGUGGGAGCCCAGCCAAGGCGCUGGGCGAGGCCAGGAUGGCCCAGGGCUGUGCCAGAGAGACAGCUGACCUUGGCAGGGCGGGGCCCAGCCCGUUCCUGUUGGGGCCGGGUGCGCCUGCCAGCCUGGAGAAGCCCCUCCCUGGCGGGACUGGGGGCUGCCAGGGGCUCUGGGCUCGGCCGCUGCUCCUUGGCAGCCGAGGGCGAGCCCUGAGCGGCCUGGUCCUGCCCGCAGCUCGAGGGCAGCCUGGACUCCCUGCAGCUGGAGCAGGAACUGCCUGUUCGUUUGUUGAGGUUUUUUUUACUUCAGUGGACUUUAAUUUAUUUAUGUAUGCAUUAAGUUUUUAAAAAAGCAAAAGGACCCAGUUUAAUGGGAACAUAGACAACAGCUAUAAAUAAUUGAAUGACAAAAAUUGAGCAUUUCACCCAUAUACGGUAAAUUUUAAAGUGGUCACAGAUCAUUAAAACGACAGUCGAGUAAGACAGAUGAAAGCCACAGAUUGUAAUUGUCCCCCCCACCUCAUUCACUCUUUUAACACUGCUUUAAAAUGAGCAGGUUAUACUUUAAUGCUAUAAAUAAAAUGAGUCACCUCGGGGCAGGCGUCGCUCUGCUACAGGUUAAGCCGACACCUGGGAUGCCUGUGCCCCCUGUAGGGUGUGGGGUCAAACCCUGGGGCCCUGUCAGGAUGAGGGGGCAAUUGGAGGCACCCUUGUCUCAGAAGCUGGGCCCUGGCUUGUCCCCCGCGGCCCCUGGUCUGCCGGCCUGGACAGCAGGGGGCGCCCUACCUUGCAGCACCCACACUAUGCAGGGCUUCUUAACCCACUAUGAAUGGCCGAAAUCAGCCGGCCAGAAGUGACAGCAGCAUCCUGGGGAGUGACGAGGGAGUGGAAGGGGAACGGCGGGGUCACCUCCAGGCUGGGAGGUGGAGAGGCCACGGCCGCCUUUGCUGCACCCUCCCCGCACAGCCAGAGCGGGGUUCCUGUGUUGUGUCCUGCAGGCCCUGGCUCAUGGACAGGAGGAGCUGGGAGGCGGUGAUGACCCGACGAGCCAGCCACGUGUGUGUGUGAUGCAUGGUGGUCGUGUUCCUGCUGCACGCCCCCUGUCCUCCUGGGGGGACCCAGGCCCUGGCUGUCCCGAGCUCCAGGCAAGAAGGAAGAGGGGAGGGUGCCAGCCCGGGCGGGGGCCCCUGGUUGACCUCGUCUCCUUCUCGGAGGCCUGAGGGAUCGACCCCACCCUCUGCCAGGGCCUGGUUCCAGAGAGGCCCUGUGCUUACCCCAGCCCAUCCCAAACUUGCGAGCGCCUGUUGUCCAGUGCCCCAGCUGCCUCCUGGGGAGUGGGAACUGGAACACCCGCUGGACAGUGACUUCUGGGAAAGAGGCCAUGGCCCGGGCCGAAGCCUGCCCUGGAGACCUGAAACCAGACUUGGAGGCUGAGGGGGAGGGGGUCCGAGCGGCCUGGCAGGGGCCCGGGGCGAGGCAGGGGGGAGUCGUGUUCCCAGCAGCCCUGGGGUAGGGGAGCGAUUGCCUUCACUGGUGCGUCUGUCUCCAGCUUCUGCAGCCGAGUGCCUGGCAGACCCGGUGCAGGACUUGGGACCGCACUGCUGCAGAGCAUGCUGGGAAUUCUGCGGUGAGGCGGGGGUGGGAACUGGACUAGGCUUCGGGUUCGUGAUUUUGGAUUAGGCAAUGGUCUCUUUAACGGGACACCCCCAGCACAACUGACAAAAGAAAAGCUAAACUGAAUUCCAUCAGAAUUAAAAGCUAUUUUUUUUUAGUGGAGACAGUUGUGCAACUAGUGAAUACGCUAAGAACCACUGGGAAAAAAUGUUUUAAAGAUUUAUUUUCUGUAUCCAGAAGGCAGAGUUACAGAGAGAGAGCGAGCGAGAGCGAGAGCAAGCUUCCGUCUGCUGGUUCACUCCCCAGAUGGCCAUGACAGGGGCUGGACCGGGUGAGGCCAGGAGCCUGGAGCUCCAUCUGAGUGCCCAUGUGGGUGGCAGGGACCCAAGCACCUGGGCCGUCUUCUGCCGCCUUCCCCUGCACGUUAGCAGGGAGCUGCAGCAGUGGAGCAGCCGGACUCCAGGUGGCGCUCAUGUGGGACUGCCGGCUCUGCAGGGGCAGCUUAGCCCCGGACAGAUUUGACGGCAUGUGAUUCUGUUAAGACGCUGGCCAGGGAGCCGCAUCCUGCAUCCCAGCACCUGGGUGCGACUCCUGGCUCCACUUCCUGACUCCAGCCUGCUGCCAGUGAGGCCUCUGAGAGGGAGCAGGGAUCCCCCAAAUACUUGGACCCUGCCACCCAUGUGGGAGAUGCGGAUGGAGCUCCUGGCGCAGGUCAGGGCCCCGUGCACCCACAGGGAGACCCGGAUGGAGCUCCUGGUGCAGGUCAGGGCCCCGUGCACCUGCUGCACCCACAGGGAGACCCGGAUGGAGCUCCUGGUGCAGCUCAGGGCCCCGUGCACCUGCUGCGCCCACAGGGAGACCCGGAUGGAGCUCCUGGUGCAGGUCAGGGCCCCGUGCACCCACAGGGAGACCUGGAUGGAGCUCCUGGCGCAGGUCAGGGCCCCAUGCACCCACAGGGAGACCGGAUGGAGCUCCUGGUGCAGCUCAGGGCCCCGUGCACCUGCUGCACCCACAGGGAGACCCGGAUGGAGCUCCUGGCGCAGGUCAGGGCCCCGUGCACCCACAGGAAGACCCGGAUGGAGCUCCUGGCGCAGGUCAGGGCCCCGUGCACCCACAGGGAGACCUGGAUGGAGCUCCUGGCGCAGGUCAGGGCCCCGUGCACCCACAGGGAGACCGGAUGGAGCUCCUGGUGCAGGUCAGGGCCCCAUGCACCUGCUGCACCCACAGGGAGACCUGGAUGGAGCUCCUGGUGCAGGUCAGGGCCCCGUGCACCUGCUGCACCCACAGGGAGACCUGGAUGGAGCUCCUGGUGCAGGUCAGGGCCCCGUGCACCCACAGGGAGACUUGGAUGGAGCUCCUGGCGCAGGUCAGGGCCCCGUGCACCCACAGGGAGACUUGGAUGGAGCUCCUGGCGCAGGUCAGGGCCCCGUGCACCCACAGGGAGACCCAGAUGGAGCUUCUGGUGCAGCUCAGGGCCCCGUGCACCUGCUGCACCCACAGGGAAACCCGGAUGGAGCUCCUGGCUCCCAGAUUUGGCCCUGGCCCAGCCCUGGCUGUUCUGGGCCUUUAGGGAAUGAACCAACAUAUGAGUUCACUCGCUAGCUCUCUGCCUCUUAAAUAUAUAUUUUUAAAUAUUGUCAUUUCAAAAUAUAAAAUUGGGGCCGGCGCUGUGACGCAGUUGGUUAGUCCUCCGCCUGUGGCACCGGCAUUCCUUAUGGGUGCCGGUUCGAGUCCCGGCUGCUCCUCUUCCAAUCCAGCUCUCUGCUAAGGCUUGGGAAAGCGGUAGAAGAUGACCCAAGUCCUUGGGCCCCUGCACCCGCUUGGGAGACCUGAAAGAAGCUCCUGGCUCCUGCCUUCGGAUGAGCGCAGCUCUGGCCAUGGCAGUCGUCUUGGGAGUGAACCAGAAAUGGAAGACCUUUCUGCCUCUCCCUCUCUGUCUGUAAUUCUACCCCUCAAGUAAAUAAAUGAAGUCUUUAAGAUGUAUGUAAA